ACCAUCCAAAAUGCUCAUACACACUCGAGAAAAGUACUUAUAUAGCUUGUAACCAUGGUCCAACAGAAGAAACUUGUGGAGGAGGUAUCUGGCUGGCUAAGAAUCUUUGAUGAUGGCUCGGUGGACCGGACAUGGACCGGACCGCCUGAGGUCAUGUUCAUGGCAGAGCCAGUGCCUCCACAUGAGGAAUUCAAAGACGGUGUUGCUGUACGUGAUGUCACCAUUGAUGAAAAGUCUGGCCUUAGAGUUAGAAUUUAUCUACCUCAACAUGAGCCUCACUACACAGAUAAUCAUAAUAAGCUUCCUAUAGUUGUCCAUUUUCACGGGGGUGGUUUUUGCAUUAGCCAAGCUGAUUGGUAUAUGUAUUAUUACAUGUACUCUAGGCUUGCUAGGUCAGCUUCAGCAAUUGUUGUCUCGGUCUACUUAAGGCUAGCCCCAGAGCAUCGCCUCCCAGCUGCAAUUGAUGAUGGCUUCUCUGCCCUCAUGUGGUUACGUUCAUUAGGACAAGGACAUGACUCUUAUGAACCAUGGCUUAAUAAUUAUGGAGAUUUCAACAGGGUUUUUCUUAUUGGAGAUAGUUCAGGGGGGAACUUGGUGCACCAUGUGGCUGCACGUGCUGAUCAUGUGGAUUUGAGUCCGGUAAGACUUGCUGGAGGCAUUCCAGUCCAUCCUGGAUUUGUCCGGUCAGUGAGGAGCAAAUCAGAGAUGGAGCAACCACAGUCGCCUUUCUUAACCCUAGACAUGGUGGACAGGGUCUUGAACUUGGCAUUGCCAAAAGGGUGCACCAAGGACCACCCUUUUACGUGUCCAGUGGGGCAUGCAGCACCACCGCUGGACAGCCUUAAUCUUCCACCAUUCUUACUUUGUGUGGCGGAGACUGACCUGAUAAGGGACACCGAGAUGGAGUAUUAUGAGGCCAUGAGAAAGGCUGAGAAGGAUGUGGAGUUGCUAAUUAAUCCUGGAGUGGGUCACAGUUUUUAUCUUAACAAGAUUGCUGUUGAUAUGGACCCACAUACCGCUGCACAAACUACCGGUCUCUUGGAAGGGAUCAUAGAGUUCAUCAAGAGGCACUAAAAUUAAUAUUUCCCAGUACGUUUAGCUUAUAAUAAUUAUGUUUAAUUAACCAAUUAGUGAUUAUAGGCAAGGCAGAUCGUUGGAUCAGUUCUAGAGAUUUUCUCCCAUCUCCCUUGUUAAUUAUUGUUGUUUUAUGAACUC